GUUAAACAUUUCUUUUCAGACAACCACCAAUAUUAUAUAUCUUCAUAACCAAAAACCAACUGAUAUAUACGGAUAAGUUUUUUGACAAAAAUGGAGCUUUCCCAAUAUGCUAAAAAUUUGGAUCCAUUAACGAAAACUCGUUAUAUCUACAAAAUAGAAGACGUUGGGAAGGAUCCAUAUUUGUUUUCUUUCAAAUCGAAAGAAUUUCCUCUUAAUGUUACUUUUUCUAAAAUAUAUGAAUUUCUAAUUACAGGUACAUCGGCAUAUACUGGAAACUUUCAUAAAAACAGCAACAGCCUUACAAAAGCGGACGAACUGUUCAGAGGAGGAUGGCUGAAGGAACUUGGCGGCACAAUAAAAUCUAGCUUAUAUGUAGUAUUAGGAAAGGUACUUCACUCUCAGCGACUGAACGAAAAACCCCUUGAAGCGUGGGUCAUAAUUGACAAUGACGGAACAGUUGAUUCUGCUCAUUGCCAAUGCAAAGCAGGGUUGUACGAGACUUGCACCCACAUCGGUGUAAUUUUAUUUGGUCUCCAGAGCAUUGCCAGUGGUUGUUCGUCAGAAAGCGUAAGAAAUAGUUAAAUUUUAUUAACAAUUAACACUAACAAACAACAACCAAUUAAUACUAAAAUUCAUA